CGCUUGAAGAUCCCGGUCAUAUGCAGAUAGCGAAAUCAUAAGCAGAUUUGUGCUUCUGGUGAUCGGUCGUGAGCAUAAAUCGUGAAAAUGAAGAUUUUGGUGAUCGGCUGCGGUGCCAGUGGUCUGACGGCGAUUAAAUGUUGCCUGGAUGAAGGUCUGAACCCUGUGUGUCUGGAGCGCACAGACGAUGAAGGAGGCUUGUGGAAUUACCAGGAGAAGGUCCGCGAUGACCAAGGGACAGUCAUGAAGAGCACCAUCAUCAACACCAGCAAGGAAAUGAUGGCCUACAGUGACUACCCUAUGCCAGAUGAAUACCCAAACUUUACCCACAACUCUCAGGUUCUGGAAUAUCUGAGGAACUACAAGAAGCACUUCGGCCUCGACAAACACAUACAAUACAACAGGGAGGCUGUGCUUGUCAAGCCAGCAGACAAUUUCGAGACAACUGGAAAAUGGGACGUGAAAAUACGAGAUCAUAAAACCGGAAGUGAAGAGCACGUGCAGUUUGACGGGGUUUUGGUGUGUACAGGGCAUCAUGCAACGAAGAACGUGCCAGAGAUCCCCGGGCAGGAGUUAUACGAAGGUAAAAUGAUGCAUUCACAAGACUUCAAGCAUGCCGUCGGUUGGGAGGACAAGAAAGCAUUGGUCAUCGGAAUCGGAAACUCGGGCGUGGACACAGCAAAUGAUUUGUCUCGUGUGGCCAAGAAGACUUUUAUAAGCACCCGUCGGGGCACAUGGCUUAUCCCGAGAAACAUGGACAACGGACUUCCGUUUGACAUCGCCAGAACCACCCGGAUGUACAACUGGCUGGACCGGACCCUCCCAGCCUCAAUAUCGACCGGACUGGUGGAAGAUGAACUGAACAAGAUGUACGACCACAAGCUGUAUUGCCUCCAGCCCACACACAGGUUUAAUGCUCAACACCCUAACAUGAGCAGCGAUCUCCCAAUGAACAUAUCCACCGGAAGAAUCGUCAUCAAAGGCGACAUUAGGAAACUCACGAAAACAGGAGUCGAGUUCACGGAUGGGACCUGUGAGAACAAUAUUGACCUUGUCGUCCUGGCAACGGGUUACAAAUUUGGGUUUCCCUUCAUUGACAAGUCUGUGGUUGACGUCAAGAACAAUAAGGUUGAUCUGUACCAGUAUAUGUUCCCACCUGAUCGAAAGAUCCAUACCCUGGCCAUCAUUGGCUGCAUUCAACCAUUGGGUGCCGUAAUGCCAAUAUCAGAACUGCAGUGUCGCCUAGCAACAAGAGUCUUCAAGGGCCUGAUAAAGCUGCCACCCAGAGACAAGAUGUGGAGCAACAUCCGGGCGAAGCAGGCCGCGUUGACGCAGCGCUACGUCAACUCCCCCCGACACACCAUCCAGGUGGACUUCGUCGACUUCAUGGAUCAGAUAGGGAACCUGGUUGGAUGCAAGCCUAACCUGUGGCGGUACCUACUAACCGACCCGGGGUUCGCUGUGAGGUGUUUCUUCGGCCCGUGCACCCCCUUCCAGUAUCGCCUUCAGGGGCCGGGCAAAUGGGCGGGGGCCAAGGAAGCCUGUGAGAAGACAAUGGAUCGAGUUAGGAAGCCAUUCCAAACGAGGCCACUUCCGGUUGGGCUUGUCAGCGGCACCUACUGGACAUCCGCCGCAUUGAUUUGUUUCUACGUCGUGCUGUUGGCGUUUCUGGUGAAGGUUUUGUUGCUGUAGUUAGGAAUUACGUUUCUUUCUGUUGAAGGUGAUGCUUUAAAUGUUAUAUGCUGCCGUAGCAAUUGCACUUUUUUUAGGGAUAAUGAAGCUUCUUGUGUUUGUUUGUUUGUUUGUUGUUUAACGCAGCAAUAUUCCAGCCAUAUGGCGGCGGUCUGUAAAUAAUCGAAACUGGACCAGACAAUCCAGUCAUUGACAUCAUGAGCAGCGAUCCACGUAUUUGGGAUACGAUGACAUGCAUCAACCGAGUCAGCGAGGUAAUGAAGCUUCUCAGAGCAGUGAGUUGGCGAAUGUUGUUUAACUGCGUCGUCCAAAUCAGUGUUUAUACGUGUCAGGUCCAAGUUUAGUUUUGUGCCUGAAGCCAGAUGGAGAUGGUAAUACAAUAUAGAUCCAAGCGCACAAUGCGCGGUUUAACAAUUCAGACUUGCUCCUUCACUAAACCCACCCAUCCCACUUACAGUUGCCGGAGUGUAAACAUAAUUACAAAUAUUUAUGUAUCUAGAUCAUCAUAAUGCAUUCAUAAUGUGGUACACACACUUUUCCAAUCGAAAAAUGACAUUUCUGAGACAGAAAUUGCAUUAAUUGAAUACAUUUGAAAACCCGAGGGAGUAAUUAAGCAAAUACAGACUUCGUAACUCAAUAUACCUUGGACACAUUAUACAUUUCACUCAAGGUCACGAUCGACUUAAAUCACAAUGAAUGGAUGGCCUGGAAAUAAUCGAUUCUGGAUCAGACAAACUCCAAGAUAAAUUAGCCCUCCCAAAUCAGUGAGGUUAAGCAACGUCGGUGGCGGAGAAUAGUUGGGUGGGUGACCGCGUUUCGGCAGCUUGACUCCUGCCAGUUUCCAGGGCCUCGGUCCUGCCCCACACUGAAGCACGCAUCUCCUUAGCCAGGUGACGUUAUUGAAAAUAUGACUCUAUUCAUCCAGCAGUAAAAUGGGUGCCCCGGUAUGAUGAGAUGGUAAUGUGACCGUUAACCUUCAAGCGCCUGACAAGGCAGCUGGGGUUGUAUACUCCCCAGGGAGCUGAGAAUGAAAAUCUUGUGCACACUGAUCCAUUAACCAGGGUAAAAAUGUUUGAGCAUCCACCGAGUGUAUUGAGGCUAGCACAAUGUAUCUACGCUAAUUGUUGUAUUUGUUGUUUUGUACGUCUUUUAUUAUUACCAGUAUGGUUGCCAAUCGCCAACAUUCCACACCCUAGCUAACCAUAACACUAACAAAUAGCCUGUGGUGCCACCUGACCGUAACGUGCACAAACUACACUGACGCAGAUUGGAAACUGACGCCAGGUCAUGGUGAUUGAUCUGUUACCAUGGUUUCCGGACGUGACUUUAGUUAAUGACAUCUUUUUUUCAUUUUGAGGAGCCUAUAAUAGUAUAAGAUUAUGUAUACUAAUUCACAAAAGUAUGGGAACGCCGAACCCUUGAAACCAACAAUGUUGAUAGCUGUAUUUUAUUUUUAUCAUAUUUUUAGUAUUACAAAGCACAUCCGUGAACACAUUUCGUACAGAACAGGCAUGGUUCCUGAGAAGCUAGUUGACUGAACGUCAAAUUGCCCGAAUUUGGCAAGCUUUAACCCUCUGGGUGCCGAUUCAUUGCCGUUGGAUGUGCAACGGUUGAUAACCUUAAUAGAACAAUCCACGUGAUUUUACACGAAGCUUGUGAGACCACUGAAAAUAGCGAUAUAGAAUGUUGACGCAUUGGAAUCCUUUCACUGACUGUUUAAUAACAGACCGCCUCUGUGGUCUAGUGGUAGAGCGUCCGCCAGGGGAGCGGAAGGUCCGGGGUUCGAUCCCCGGCCGCGUCAUACUAAAAGAUGGUACUUGUUACCCUGUCUGGCGCACGGCA